CACAAGGCGUGUAGGUGUUUGUGCAUAAACUAUGUAAACUUGCCGGUAUAACACGUCAAACAUGUUGUUGAAGUGGUGUAAAUUGCACUCUAUCUGCCCUCUGUGUGGCGAGUGGAGGAGGGAGAUUUUGAGACACCACACGAACCCUUCCGCAGUGGUGAACUGGGGCAACUGCAGGCCAUGGCUCUGGUCUGUUGAGCAUUGGGAAGUUGCAAAGGCGUUCAUGCCUCGAGGACAGGCAGAUGUGACUCGAGUAGAGCAGUGUGACGCCGCAGCUCUCCUUAACCUCCUCCACUUCUGUGACCACUUCGGCUACAUGGACCAGCGGCUCGCCAGAGAGGUGAUCCGGUGCAGGAAUGAGCUGAUGCACUCGUGCGAGAUGCGCGUGUCGGCACAGUGGAUGCAGCGCUACCAGAGGAGCCUGGAGCAGCUGCUGCAGGCGCUUCAGCACGUCCCUGACGUGGCCACCACCAGACAACACAUCCAGGAGACACUGUCCAUAGACUGGUCGAUUCACGUUCCUGGAGUUGACCGAGUGGAUGGAUCCGAGGUGAAAGAAAUAGAACUGGAAUCCAUCAGCCAAUGGGAAGCAGAAUUGCUACGGGAACGACUUCACAGGCUACUGGUCUGUGCAGGCCAGGAGGAGAGACUCAGUCCAGAGGACCUGCAGAGCUGUCAGAGCCUCAGUGCCUUUCUACAGAAUCAGGAAGACCUUAAAGAACUGUUCAAAGAGGAACUUCAGACCCUCCAUGCCAUGGAAGAUGGAUUGCAGAAGACGACAGAAGGAAUCCAGAAGACAGAGACAGACAUUAGACAGAGUUCGACAUUAGACAGAGACAAACAAGACAGAGACUGA